UACACAGCGGCACAAGAAUGCGUAGCUACACGUGGGCAAUGGCACUGAUCGCGUACAUGACGCUGUCCCUCUGCCUGUCAGUCAGUUGGUCACUCCCGGCCAGUGGCUCGACCGGUGGUAACAGCAACGGUGGCAACGAUCUCGACAUUGACGACCUAAGCCGGGAUCGUAUGGCGGGCCAGGGUGAGAUCUCAUCGUCCCAGUUCCAGCACAUGCUUGCCGUCCGAUCGCCAAAGUACAGCUUUGGUCUCGGCAAACGGCGCUACAUCAUCGAGGACGUACCAGGCGCAAAACGGUUACCGCAUUACAACUUUGGUCUUGGCAAGCGUGGGAGUCCUUUGAGUGGUAACGAUUACGAGUACGAUGGACUGAUGGGUAAUCAGCUCGGAUGGAACGAUAACGACUAUACCAAUCUGAUCACGAAGGAUGGUCAGUUCGACUACGAAGCGGACAAGGAUAAAGAUGCUGCGAAACGUGCCACGUCCGGCAAUGGUGCAGGUGCCGCAUACCGCUAUCACUUCGGUCUGGGCAAGAGACGCACGUACGACUUUGGGCUCGGCAAACGUUACUUCGACGCGGAAGAGUUCAACAAGCGGCUUCCGAACCGGUACAACUUUGGCCUCGGCAAGCGCUAAUUCAGCGAGCA